AUGACGAUGGACAGAAAGGACCCAGCCACACUGCUAGAACUUGCUAUACAGAGUCUACUGAAUAAUGAACCUGCAGCAAUUCAUGCCCUUAGGGAAAUCCCAAGAGAACUUUUCCCCCCAUUGUUCACUGCUGCCUUCAAGGGUGGGUGUAAGAAGACACUGGCAGCCAUGGUGAAGACUUGGCCCUUUUUCUGUCUCCAUAUUGGGAAAUUAGGAGUACAGGAAGCUCAUGAUGAAUGCUUGAAAGCCAUGAUCGAUGGUCUUCAGGUUCUUCCUGAACAGAAUACUGCUACUGGGGGCUCCAAACUGAAGAUCCUUGAUUUGAGGCCACAAUCUGACUGCAGGACGACAUGCUCUCAUAUCAUUACCAAGUCUCCUGUUUGUUUUCAUUCUUGUCCUUACUUUCAGAACUUUCCCCUGAAAAGAGAAGCCCAGCAUAGUACUGCAAAUUUAGGGUCUCAAUCUCAAUUGCCCAGGAAUCCUACAGAAUUAGUAGUAGACAUCUCCCUUGAUAAUACAUUGAGGGCAACAGAAUUUCUUUGUUUGCUUCUAAAUAAAGUAGAACAGAGCAUCGGGUGUUUGCAUCUCUGCUGUCGAGAUCUACAAAUUUAUAAAUUGUCUAAAUAUAAAAACAAAGUGAAAUUUCUGAAUAUGUUAUGCAUUGAUCACCUGAAAGUUGAUCAGGCUUCACUGAGUGAAGCCAACAAACUCUUGUCUCAAAUGGUACUCCUGGAUAGCCUUACUUUGUCUAAAAUCACAUUUAGAUCUUUGAAUGGGAAAGUCUUCAGAACAUUUCUCAGCCAUCUUGAGAGGAUGGACAACCUCCAGGAGCUCCACUUAUCUUACUUCUGCAUAAGAGAUCACCUACAUGAAGUGCUCAGAGUCCUGCCAAAUGAUUUGGAUUUCUUGAAUCUGCGUUUCUGUGAACUUUCUUACAGAGACUUUACAUUUCUGUCCCAGAGCCAUCAGGCUACCCAUCUAAAGCUGUUGAAUCUCAGUAAUAAUCCAGUAUCCUGGGAAGAUAGUGGGCCCCUUCGGAUACUUCUGGAGAAUCUCUCAGGUACACUGCAGCAUCUAGAGCUAAAUCAUUGCCUUAUAGCAGAUUCGACAGUCUCUGCUCUCAUCCCAGCUCUAAGCCGCUGUUCCCAUCUCCGAGUCUUUAGCUUUGCCUCUAACCCUAUUACAAUGUCCAUGCUCAUGAGGAUUGUGCAGCACUUAACCCUCCUGAUGGAGCUGAAAUAUGUCUUUUAUCCUAUCCCUGUACAUUGCUAUGAACAAUGGCAUCCUCAUGGUAAUUUAGACCAACAGAAACUUGCUGAAGUAAAAGCACAGCUGAAGAUGAUGCUACACAGGGUACAGAGGAAUGACAUGAACUGGAACACAUUUUCUGAAUAA